CUCACCUACCUACUCCUCGCCCGCCUCCCACACCUCCGGGCCUCACUCGCGCCUUCCCGCCAGGCCGUGCGUCCCCGCGUGCCCCGGGCGGGUGGGAAGUACCUGCCGCCAUCUUGCUCACCAGCCUCCGAAAUGCGGCUGAGGCUCCUGAGCGUGGCGCUCUUGUUUGUGGGGAGCUCUCGCUUCCACUGCUCGCCCUCUGGAAGGCACAGGCUCGGCCCCUCGCCGGAACCAGCCGCUAGUUCCCAGCAGGCUGAGGCCGUCGGUCCGCAAGAGGCUCGAAGGGAGGGAGGGGCGCGUGCGAAGGAUUGUGGAACAGCACCGCUUAAGGAUGUGUUGCAAGGGUCUCGGAUUAUAGGGGGCACAGAAGCACAAGCUGGCGCAUGGCCGUGGGUGGUGAGCCUGCAGAUUAAAUAUGGCCGUGUUCUUGUUCAUGUAUGUGGGGGAACCCUAGUGAGAGAGAGGUGGGUCCUCACAGCUGCUCACUGCACUAAAGACGCUAGCGAUCCUUUAAUGUGGACAGCUGUGAUUGGAACUAAUAAUAUACAUGGACGCCAUCCUCAUACCAAGAAGAUAAAAAUUAAAGCAAUCAUUAUUCAUCCAAACUUCAUUUUGGAAUCUUAUGUAAAUGAUAUUGCACUUUUUCACUUAAAAAAAGCAGUGAGGUAUAAUGACUAUAUUCAGCCUAUUUGCCUACCUUUUGAUGUUUUCCAAAUCCUGGACGGAAACACAAAGUGUUUUAUAAGUGGCUGGGGAAGAACAAAAGAAGAAGGUAAUGCUACAAAUAUUUUACAAGACGCAGAAGUGCAUUACAUUUCUCGAGAGAUGUGUAAUUCUGAGAGGAGUUAUGGGGGAAUAAUUCCCAACACUUCAUUUUGUGCAGGUGAUGAAGAUGGAGCUUUUGAUACUUGCAGGGGUGACAGUGGUGGACCAUUAAUGUGCUACUUACCAGAAUAUAAAAGAUUUUUUGUAAUGGGAAUUACCAGUUACGGACAUGGCUGUGGUCGAAGAGGUUUUCCUGGUAUCUAUAUUGGGCCAUCCUUCUACCAAAAGUGGCUGACAGAGCACUUCUUCCACGCGAGCACUCAAGGCAUACUCACUAUAAAUAUUUCACGUGGCCAGAUCCUCAUAGCUUUAUGUUUUGUCAUCUUACUAGCAACAACAUAAAGAAAUUCUGAAGGCUUUCAUAUCUCUAUUUUGCAUUGUGUCCCUUUCUAUGUUCUAUAUAAUGAACAUCAUUUAGUCUUCUAGCAAUUAAUUGCCUACAUUAGAGAUUUCAUGUGAACAUUUUAUGGGCUGUAUUGUGACAGAUAUACAAUUGUAAUUUUGGCACUGAAUCACAUGCUUCGUUGAAAUAUCUUGUUUUAUUUUACAGUCAUAAUUCUGUAUCUGGAAUACUCAUAGAGUUUGUACAAAAUAUUCAGUUAAACAUAUAUUUUAUGUGUAUAAAUGCCAAAUAAUAGUUUAUAAUUAAAAUGAAAGCUGUUAUUUGGUUAAAUUAAUCAAAAUUCUUUCUUAGAUUUUAUUCUAAAA